CGGUAAUGCGAUUACCGAUCGUCAGUUUCAAAUCCAACUUCCAAAGUGUCACUGGUUAUAUUUUUCUUUUGUAAUUCCUACAUUUUCGUGUUCCGAAUUUGAAAUUAAUACACCAAAGCUUGAAAGUUGAUGUAAAAAAGCAUCACGUCGCGAUGGAUUAUGCAAGCUGUGAAAUAAUGGCGCCAAACAUUGUGAGCGAUUCACCUGCCUUGGGGGUGGAAUUUCAAAAGGUGGAAGGAUGCAAACAGGAUAAUAUCGUGAUUCCGAAAGAAGUUCCGACCAUUUCUAAGAAACCUAAGAAAUCUUCUGAGGGACGAUUUUGGUUUGAAACAACUUUGAUCUGGCCAAAUAUCAUCAGCAUCACUGUGCUUCAUUUAACCGGAAUAUACAUGGCAUACACAAUUCCAUUCCAAUGCAGAAUACCUACUUUAUUUUGGGGACUUUUCAUCGGGAUUUCAAGUGGAUUCGGAGUGACCGGAGGUGUUCAUCGUCUCUGGAGUCAUCGUUCCUACAAAGCAAAGUGGCCUCUUCGUGUCAUCCUUGCAAUAUGCUAUUCCAUCGCUGGCCAGAAUACGAUUUUCGACUGGGUACGUGACCAUCGAGUCCACCAUAAAUACACGGAAACUGACGCAGAUCCACACAAUAGUAACAGGGGGUUCUUCUUCGCUCAUGUGGGGUGGCUUAUGAUGAGAAAACAUCCGGAAGUGAUACGUCGAGGGCGUCAAGUAGAUAUGACUGACAUUCUUUCCGAUCCGGUAGUCCAAUUUCACCAGAGAUAUUUUUGGCAAAUGAAGCUCCUCCUCUGUUUCAUUAUUCCGAUAGUGGUUCCGGUCUAUUUUUGGAAUGAGACUUGGUACAUCUCCGUAAUGAGCCAGGUCUUCAUACGCUACAUAGCGGGUUUGAAUUUUACCUGGUUGGUAAACAGUGCAGCUCACAUGUGGGGGUCAAAGCCUUACGACACCGGCAUAUCGCCAACCGAAAAUUUAGGGGUGGCCAUAGUGGCGAUGGGAGAAGGGUGGCAUAACUACCAUCACGUGUUUCCAUGGGACUACAAGGCGGCCGAACUCGGCAAUUAUUCUGUGAACGUGACGACUUUCCUCAUUGACAUGUUCGCGAAAAUCGGAUGGGCCUACGACCUGAAGCAACCCUCAGCUGCACUUGUGAGGAAAGUCGCAGAAAAGCACGGAGAUGGUUCGCACCACGAAUGGCACGAGGCUGACGAGCCGAAAGAGCAGUGAA